AAGGAGUUUGAAUCAAUAUAGUGAUUGUCAGGAAGCGCAGCUGGAAUCUUACAAGGGGGUCUCAAUUUUCGGCAUCCCUUGCCCAAAGCGCAAGUUUUAAGCCUCAUCCUUCAUACAUUUCAAUUGCCGGUAAAAACAUUUAUUGGCAGAGGAUGAGCACAUCUGCGGGCGAUGUAAAGUGCAAACGGCUGGAGGGCAAAGUGGCUCUCGUAACUGCAGCCACGGCUGGCAUUGGCCUUGCAAUCGCUGAGCGACUUGCUCAGGAGGGUGCGAAUGUUUUUAUUUGCAGCAGGAAACAGUCCAACGUGGAUGAGACGGUGUCGGCACUCCGGAACCUAGGUCUGGAAGUGUCGGGAUGUGCCUGCCAUGUGGGUAGCGCGGAGCAGCGACGGCGGCUGGUGGAGCAGUGCGUGCAGAGGUACGGCGGGUUGGACAUCCUGGUCAGCAACGCGGCGGUGAACCCCGGAGCGGGGCCGCUGGCGGAGACGCCCCCAGACGUGAUUGAUAAGAUCCUGGACAUCAACAUCAAGUCGGCGGUGCUGCUCGUCCAGGAAGCUCUGCCCCACUUAAUUCAGAGACCUGGGGCUUCCAUUGUGUUCGUGUCGUCAGUGACCGCAUUCAGUCCCCCCGAGCCCAUCGCCAUGUACGCCGUGUCCAAGACCGCACUGCUGGGAUUGACGAAGGGCCUGGCAGCUGAGCUAGGCCCCCGAGGGGUGCGGGUGAACUGUGUGGCUCCGGGUAUCGUGCCAACCAAAUUCUCUGCGGCCCUGGUGCAGACUCCGGAGCUGGCUUCCGCCCAGGCUGAGGCUACACUGCUGAAGCGACUGGGUCGGCCCGAGGAGCAGGCGGCAGCUGUGGCGUACCUGGUGUCGCCAGAUGCGGCCUACGUGACAGGGGAGACGCUGGUGGUGGCGGGGGGCAUGCACAGCAGGCUGUGAUUUGUGUGGUUUUCUAGUCAUGCGUGUGCCUCUGAGUUGUGACGAGGGAAAUGGGAGGGGCCAGGGUAAGGUGAAGAAGACGCGGUUAGCGGAGGACCGCCGCCGCCGCCGCCGCGCCCAUCCACGUGGGGCCCCGCCUGAGGGCAAACUAGUAGAUGUGCUGCUGAACAGUUUUGGCAUUUUGGCAACAGCUGUAGCGGGUGCAUGAAUGGUAAUUUCUGCGGAAUGACGUGUUCUGUUCGCAGGGGCCCCUGUUUCGGCGCAAUCGGUUUGCUGGAUGGGCUUCUGUUUUUUUCUUGGCUGGUGAAAUGCCGGAGCAAUGCGUUCCCCCUGGUUUAAAUGCAUAUGCAGAUUUGUUGAAGUUUUUUUCUGUUGUUAUUGCAUGGCUCACUGCCUGCACAGGGCGUUGCCUGAUGACCUCUACAACUCUAUGAAACUCGUGUAUGGCAGGAACAGGUGUGAUGUAAAAAAAAUCCGUUU